AUGCCAUCUCCAGACUCCAGUCACAACUCCAACGAGGGUCGCCGAGUCCAUGGCCACCGCCCACCAACAGCCAAGAGAAAUCUAUGUGUAUAUUGCACACGGAGUUUCAAGCGCGCUGAACACCUACAGCGCCACAUUCGCACUCACACCAAGGAUAAGCCAUAUGUCUGUCAAUGUGGUAACGCUUUCGCACGCCGUGACUUGCUCACUCGACAUGAGCGGCUUUCUCAUGGACACAGCAGCUCUCACCAAGGGAUACAAGAAUCUGCCGAUUACCAAGACUCGACGGGUGAUGCUGUUGCGCAAUCACUUACAGAGGCACGAAGUGUAGUCGGCGUUCCAGUAUCGAAUUGGACUGCACCUAACUCUAAUGACGGUAUUGGGUCCCAAUGGCCGCAGCGGGAGCAGACUGAGACAACUUACCAGAACUUUUCCGAUGACGUGCUGGGUACAUUAUCACGAACCACGAGGCCGGUUCAUUCCGUGUCCGAUGGGGCAGUGGCUGAUCAACAAUAUGGGCAGUCUAUGCCUCGACAUGAUGGAGAUACGCCUUUGAAUCCAGGACUUCCGGCAGAGUGGACACCACCCGACUUCACGCAUGAAGUCAAUACCAAUGGGGUUGACGAUGAGGGCCAUGACAAGAGGGAAUCAAAUAACCCACGCUCGACGAACGACGAAUCCUGCCCUGGUUCUCCUUUUGGCUCAUGGCCACCUUCAGUACCACAAGGCGACCACCCUCUUACCUCUAUAUCAGAUACAGAUCCUCAUGAUUCCAACUUCAAGACAUAUUCCUUGAGAGUGGAUUCCGAUAUUCGAGCACGUUUCAAUGCCUCUCUGGAAAAGUAUCACGACAUUAUCCCAGAUUUCGUCUUGCCGUCUAGACAUACUCUCACUAGAUACAUCAAAUCUUUCUUUGGGGGAUUCCAUUCUCAUCUUCAGUUCCUUCAUGCUCCAACCUUUCGACCGGGCAAUUGCCCCAUUGAACUUAUCUUAGCCCUGUGCGCUACAGGUGCUCAUCGAUUCAUUCAGCAGCCUUCUGGCCCUCAUUCCUCCACUGUGGGGUCUUCAAAUUCGGAGCAUCCGAACUCUACACCUUACAAAGAAAUGGAUACAAUCCGCUGUUUAUUGAUCCUAAUGGGCUAUGCUACUUGGGAAGAUUCAGAGCUGCUUCAUGAAGCACUGAACCUCCAGAGUUUACUUGUUCACCGCCUUAGAGAGGUGGGGUUACGAGAAACCGUUGAAAAUGAUUCAGGCUCUGCAAAUUUAUCGUGGACUGAAUGGUCAGAGCAAGAGUCUGUUCGAAGAACAAAGCUUGUCUCAUUCACAUUCAUCCAUGUUCACAGCAUCGCAUAUAACGUUUACCCGGCGCUACGGAGUAAUGAGAUUUACCUUCGCUUGCCCUGCUCGACAAGAGAAUGGAAUGCUCAAACUGCUGCUCAGUGGCAAGCUGCACGGCGCGAUGUAAAGGCAGAGCAGCUUCAUUACCAAGAUGCCUUGUCCCGCCUUCUUACAAAUUCAGGGAGCAACGCCCACAUUAACCCCACGCCUGCACCGCUUGGAAAUUACAUACUUCUCCAUGGACUCCUUCAAAGACUACAUCUAAUACGAGAACUUUCCCUCUCGACAUUAGAUUACUCGACGGCAUUACCAGAUGAAGAAUUGAACAAGAUUGAACGGGCGCUUCGAUCAUGGACUCUGGUCUGGAAACAAGCACCGGAAUCCAGCCUCGAUCCAUCAAACGAGAAUGGACCAAUUCCAUUUACAUCAAGUGCCCUCCUUGGCCUUGCCUAUAUUCGUGCAUGCAUCAAUUUAGGCCCUCACCGAGCACUUGAGACCCGAGACCCAUUGCUAAUUGCAGCUGCUAUCGCAAAAGCACCAUCCCCAUCGCGAGGUCGUUUCUUGAUCCCCGCCCUAAUAUACUCUACACAUGCGCUGAGCAUUCCCGUUCGGCUCGGAAUUGACAGUGUUGCGCGUAGUCAAGCAUUUUUCUGGAGCGUCCGCCAUUGUCUAUCCAGCCUCGAAUGCGCAGUCUUUUUGAGUAAAUGGUUAUGUUCAUUAUCUCAACCACAUAAUCCUCAAUUUUUGACGGAAAAUGAGAACCGCAUCCUCCGCUGGGUCAAUGCCAUUGUACAAGAAGCAAAAUCUUACUUGGAUAUUGACAAGGCGGAUAUCGGCUUAGACAUCGACAUUUCGCGGCCACAUACACUUGGUCUGGCAGUCUCAAGGCUUUGGGCUCGUCUCUUUAUGCACAAUGUGCAAUGGCCAUUUAUCAAUAUUAUUGGCCAGGGUUUGCAGAAAUACGCAGAGACUUUACAGGCCGGGUAA